AUGGAAUUUCAGCACCCAAUUGUUGUGCUUAUAUACUCUUUGACAGUCCUUUAUCCAUAUGUCAUUUAUACAUGGGCAUAUACAAACCCAGUACACUUCUUAAAACACUGCUCCCAAAAGUUUCUGAUUGAUACAUCAUCAUACUCUCAUUUCUUUAGCUUUGUUUUAUAUGGUUAUAUUUGCCUUCAAUCAGAGUUCCUUCUCGAAUCAUUUUUGUUCUCUAUCCCGAUCAUCAUCAUUGGUCAAGUUCUCAACUUUGCCGUUUACAAGAAACUCGGAAUGUGCAGAACCUACUACGGAUGGGAAUUAGGUCUUUACAACGGCGAACUUAUUUCCGGCUUCCCAUUCAAAAUGGGCGACGCUCAGUACAAGGGAUGCAUGCUUACAAUCCUUGGCUGCUUCUUUAGCUUCAAGGCAACAUUAGAUGUUACAGUUGCUACACUUGUAUGGCUUAUUGCCUAUACUUACAUUAUCAUCAUUGAAAACCUUACACCAGGAAGGAAGGCUUAA